ACUGGUGGACCAUACAUUCAUACUCUACCUUCUAAGUACUAAUUUCUCAUUACAGAGAAAAGACUCAUUUCAGCAGUAGCUGUUUAUUGUCAUCACCAAUUUCCAUGCUUCUUUCUCCAGGUUUGAGUGUGGAAGAGGGAUAUGGUGGUCAUUAGAGCUUUUUAAAGCUCUUACUGGUGUAAGAGAAGUUGCAAGCUAGCUAUCAAAGUAACGCAGCGGAGAUGUUCUCUCUUAUUUAUGGCUUUUAUAAGCACAUGUUUAGCAAAAUGGAAUUUCAUGUUCUUAUUCUUGGUAUCGACAAGGCUGGAAAGACGACAUUACUGGAAAAGUUAAAAGAACUAUACUUAAAUUUGGAAGGUCUACCACCAGACCGUAUUGUUCCAACUGUGGGGCUCAAUAUUGGUCGUAUUGAAGUUGGAAACACCAAACUUGUGUUCUGGGACUUGGGUGGUCAGCCUGGCCUCCGUUCAAUAUGGGAGAAAUAUUAUGAAGAAGCGCAUGCUGUCAUUUAUGUUGUUGAUGCUAAUACUCCAUCGCGUUUUGAAGAUUCAAAAUCUGCGCUAGAGAAGGUUCUCCGGCAUCAGGAUUUGCAAGGUGCUCCGCUUUUGAUACUAGCUAACAAGCAGGACCUUUCUUCCGCAGUUUCAGCUGAAGAAGUAGCUCGUUAUUUGGAUCUUAAAAAGUUGGAUGAAAGGCUUUAUAUGUUUGAAGCGGUUUCAGGAUUUGACGGAAGAGGGAUCAAGGGGAGUGUAGACUGGCUUGUUAAUGCAAUGGAAAGAAGUAAAAGGUCGGAAAUGCUGAGGAGUCGCACACCGGCCACUUGAAAGACUUGUUUUGGUAAUGUUACAGACUUGCCUCAUUCAACAGGAACCUUGUAAAUAACUCCCAAUCAAAACUUAAAAUCAUCUAGUUUGUGCUUAUAUUCAAAUUUAGUACUCAUGUACUUCUGUAAGUGUUGCUUUAACUAUUUUUUGUCUGCUUCAUUUACUCUUGUUGAAUAACUUGAGUUAAGUGGUGAAAGUGAUUGGUUUCCUCUCUUUGAGUCUUA